AUGGAUGAGCACCCGUCUGGCGAUGAAUCCCGUCGGAAGCGCGUGAAGCUUUCGGAAGCCGACGCAGCUGCAACGGCGUCUUCGGCUGCACAGCGGGCAACUGGUGGAGUUGGAAGACUUCGAGCAGCGACGUCGGACGAUGCGCAGGCAUUGAAAGAGGCGGAGGUAGGGAUUACGGAGUUUGUAAGCCCAGAUCUACCUGGGUUCUCGGGCAUUCUUAAAAAACGAUAUACCGAUUUUCUGGUCAAUGAGAUCCUCCCAUCCGGUGAAGUGCUCCACUUGCAGGACAUCAAUCUUCCGGCGUCUUUAAAAGCAAGCUCGCAAAAUCCUUCGGUGCAGAAGAGUGGGCCAGAGAAAGAAACUGCAGUGCGGGAGAAUGGAGAACCCCAAUCAGCGGACAACCAGCCGGGUGACAGAGCAACUGAUGCGGCUGCAGGCUCAGCAGAGACACCCGCUGUAGAGGGUGGACGGGCAAACCCCGAAAUCCCCGAUGAAGACCGAAAGAUCCUAGAACAGCAUCUUGGGCCAGAUGUAGCGCAAAAGGUCCUGAAACUUUACGCUCGUGCACUUGCCAAACCGAAUCUCAGAGCUGGAGACUUGGGCCGUGUGAAAUCAGACUCAGUACCGGACAAAGAGACGAGAACAAUCAUCCACCAGGCUCUUCGACGUAUAUUUGGGGGCCGGAUAGAAUCUUCAACCGAAAGCGAUAACUCGUUGCUAAUCUCCUCUGUCCCUGUUCGAAGACUAAAAGCCCAAAUGAAAGGUGGUGUUGCGGACAAUCGGAGAGGGAAACUGGGCUGGAGUGAAGUCGGAGGCGAGUAUCUCCAUUUCACUAUCUACAAGGAGAACAAAGAUACGAUGGAGGUGAUCAAUUUUCUAGCUCGCCAGAUGAAACUAGGCGUGAGAGGUUUUAAUUUUGCGGGCACAAAGGACCGACGUGGCGUGACGGUUCAACGGGCGUGUGUCUUCCGCGUCGAUGCCGGUAGAUUGGCAAAUAUGAAUCGUAUCCUGCGUAAUGCUGCCGUCGGAGAUUUUGAAUAUCAAAAACAGGGAUUAGAACUAGGCGAGCUUGGUGGAAACGAGUUCGUCAUAACCCUUCGAGAUUGCGAUUUCCCAGUCACUCUUGGAGAGGACCCAAUCGCAGCCGCCUCAGACCUUGUUUCUACCGCAAUGGAAAAUCUCCGCGAAAAAGGUUACUUCAACUACUAUGGACUACAGCGGUUUGGUACUUUUGCGACCCGGACGGACACGAUCGGACUCAAGAUGCUACAGUCAGACUUCAAGGGAGCGUGUGAAUGUAUUCUACAUUAUACUCCGGCUUGCUUGGACGCAGGACAAGGAAAGCCACGCGAAGGAGAUGAUAUUCUUCUAAGCUCUGACGAUAUCUCCCGCGCAGAAGCAAUCCACAUCUUCGAAUCAACCGGGCAAGCCGGUCCAGCCUUAGCGAAAAUGCCGAGAAAGUUCACGGCCGAGUCCAACAUCAUCAAGCACCUUGGGAGAAAACAGAACGAUUACAUGGGCGCCUUACAAACGAUUCCACGGAACCUGCGGCUGAUGUACGUGCACGCCUAUCAAUCUCUCGUUUGGAACUUCUCCGUUGGCGAACGAUGGCGUCUCUACGGCGACAAGGUCGUCGAGGGGGAUUUAGUCCUAGUCAAUGAAUUUAAAGAUCGUGAUUCCGAUCCCACCAUUGCUGAGGAAGUCGACGCCGACGGCGAAGCCAUCGUCUUACCGGACACUGCCGACAGCUCUGUUUCUGUAGAUAGCGUGUUCGAGCGUGCACGAGCACUAACAAGCGAGGAAGCUGCCAGCGGGAAAUACACCAUCUUCGAUAUCGUUUUACCACUUCCCGGAUACGACAUCAUCUACCCGCCCAACAAAAUGACAGAAUUCUACAAGACCUUCAUGGGCAGUGAGCGGGGCGGAAAGCUGGAUCCCUUCGACAUGCGCAGGAAAUGGAAAGAAACGAGUCUUAGUGGGAGCUAUAGGAAGAUUCUUAGUCGACCAGGCCCCGACUAUUCGCUCGAUGUGAGGAUGUACACGGACGACAAUGAACAGUUCAUCAAGACUGACCUAGAGCGAAUUCGUCAAAAUGCCCACAACUUUCCAGCGAAGUCAACCAAUGAGAACGCCAAAGUUGGAAAUGAGGAUAUGGACGACAAACAGAAAGAAAAGCUGGCUGUGGUAGUCAAAUUCCAGCUUGGGGCGAGCCAAUAUGCUACCAUGGCACUUAGAGAGCUGAUGAAAACUGGGGGAGCUAAGGUUUACAAGCCAGAAUAUAUGGGUGGGAGGUGA